UCUCUCACUGACUGUUACACAACAGGCUGCCUCCUCCUAGCAGGAGUCUGCAGCACUAACAGACGUUUGUAGACUGAGAACUUCAGCGUCAGAUCUGCAAGAUGAUACCUGCAGUUACACUCAACAAUGGAGCAAAGAUGCCUAUAGUGGGUCUGGGAACAUGGAGGGCAGACCCAGGAAAGGUCGGCGAGGCCGUGAAGGUGGCCAUAAGUUGUGGCUACAGACACAUUGAUGGUGCUUAUGUGUACCAGAAUGAAGAAGAAGUUGGGGCUGCAGUUUGCGCUAUGAUUGAGCAGGAAGUGGUGAAGAGGGAGGAUCUAUUCAUUGUCAGUAAGUUAUGGUGCACCUUUCACCUUCCAUCUAUGGUGAGGGGAGCAUGUGAGAAGACUCUGAGUGAUCUGAAACUGGACUACGUGGACCUUUACCUCAUGCAUUUUCCAAUGGGGGCCAAACCAGGCGAUGAGCUUUUUCCUGUAGAUGGGAACGAACAGAUCAUUUCUGAUGACAGCAACUUCUUGGACACUUGGGAGGCUAUGGAAGAGCUGGUGGACGCUGGGUUGGUCAAAGCUAUCGGCAUCUCCAACUUCAACAAAGACCAGACUGAAGCCAUCCUCAACAAGCCAGGCCUCAAGUACAAACCUGCUGUCAACCAGAUUGAGUGCCACCCAUAUCUGACCCAAGAGAAGCUGAUCAAGUACUGCCACUCAAAAGGCAUAGCAGUGACGGCUUACAGUCCGCUGAGUUCCCCUGACAGACCCUGGGCAUCAUCUGAUGAACCCUCUCUGCUGGAGGACCCCAAGAUUAAGGCCAUUGCCACCAAGUACAACAAGACUCCAGCACAGGUUCUGAUCAGAUUCCACACCCAGAGGAAUGUGAUUGUCAUUGCAAAAUCAGCAACCCCUCACCGUAUCAAGGAAAAUUUUGAGCUCUUUGACUUUGAGUUGAGCCGAGAUGACAUGACAUUCCUCCUGAGCCUGAACAAGAACUGGAGAGCAUUCCAAAUGCCAUGGGCCUCAAAACACAAAGACUUCCCCUUGAAUGCAGAAUACUAGCUCAUCUGACAAUACAGUACAAUAUGCUGCACUGUUUGCAGAUUUUGAGUCUUUCUUUAGGCCAAAUCUACAUAUAACGUUGUCAAACCACCACCUGACUAAUGCAGUCCGAGCCUGAGAAUUUAUCCCUACUGACUCAUAUCUUUCUUGCACAAUUCAAUGCAUAGAGCACUAUAGGCUGUGCAACCAUUACACUUUUUGUUUUUGCUAAUUAACACUGUGUAAUUUCAGAAUGUAGGAUUUCACUGAAUAUUUUAAAACAAUACUGCCAGGAUUAAUUUAGCAUUUUUAAAAGAACACUAAAUAUUAAUUUCUAAUAUGUUUGAGAACAUGAUCCUGUUACAUAAGCUACACUUAACCUGUGAAGUUGCAGUUUACAUUCACGUCUGUCUGUGCUCAUGCAAUGUACAUCAUGUAGUCAAUGCUUUAAAUAAAUGAUGUAAAACGUA